AUAAACCCGGGUGGUGACAUAGCAUCGACAGUAACUUAAACUACAAAACAAAGCCUGGGUGACUGGGUCCUCGUCAGGUUUUAAGGAUACAUAUGUAUUCAUGUAUGCAUAUACAAAAUAAUAGAGCACUAAAGCUUGUUCGUACUCUUUUUUACACGACAUGCUAAUAAUUUUUAUACCUUAGGAGUGAAAAUUUAGUGGUCCAACAACUUAAGCACCUAAGAUCCUUCCCCACUUUUGUUUGGGGCUCCUUUAUAUCUCUUCCAAUGUUUACUUGUACUUCCUCUUCGUCUUCUUCUCUUCUUGUUCCCUCUUUCAUGUGAGAGAGAGAGAGAGUUGAAAUUUGCAGAUGAGUAUGAGAAGAAGCAAAGCGGAAGGUAAGAGGAGUUUACGAGAAAUGAGUGAGGAAGAGGAAGACGAAGAAACAGAAGAUGAAGAUACUUUUGAAGAAGAGGAGGCUUUGGAGAAGAAGCAGAAAGCUAAAGCUACAAGUAGUAGUGGAGUUUGUCAGGUCGAGAGUUGUACCGCGGAUAUGAGCAAGGCCAAACAGUACCACAAACGACAUAAAGUCUGCGAGUUUCAUGCCAAAGCUCCUCUUGUUCGGAUCUAUGGUCUUCACCAACGUUUCUGCCAACAAUGCAGCAGGUUUCACGAGCUCAGUGAGUUUGAUGAAGCCAAGCGGAGUUGCAGGAGACGCUUAGCUGGACACAACGAGAGAAGGCGGAAAAGCACAACUGAAUAAAGACGGUGAAAAGUGUGAGAUCCCAAUUUGAAGGUUAAUGAAACAGGCUUUGCUUACUCUCUUCUGUCAGUCUCUUUUAGCUCCUUGUAAUCCUCUGUGUAUCCUCUGUUUCCAUAUUACCUGCAAUCAAAGCUAUCUGCUAAACCUAUGACAUGAUUAAAUAAAUGCAUUAAGACUUGAUAAAUGCUUCAAG